AUGGAUAAAAGCAAUAUCUAUAUUGGGGGGGUGUAUGGUGAUGACAAAGCUGCUAUUCUUGAUUCUUUCAGCAUUCCUGCAGGCUCUUUCCCCUUUAGAUAUCUUGGUGUCCCCCUCACAACCAAGAAGCUGGUUACAGCUUGUUCAAACAAUCCUGUUGAGUCUUCAAUCAUUUUGGUGCCAGAUAUUCAUUUUGACCAAAAAGGUGGUCUGAACCUCAAAGACAUGUGUAUUUGGAAUAAGGCAGCAGUGGCUAAGCUUCUUUGGGCUAUUACUUAUAAGAAAGACAAGCCGUGGUGCAAAUGGGUGCAUACCUAUUAUAUCAAGGGGAGAGAUAUUAGGAAUGUUCAGUGGCCUAAGUCUAUUUCUUGGUCACUGAAGAAGGUGUUGGGAUCUCAGAAGAUGAUUGAUGAUGCUGAGGGGUGGUCUGUUGCGUGCAAAACUAGCUCCUACUCUAUCAAAGCUAUGUAUCAGAGGCUAUUGGGGCCAUAUGAGAAAGUCAGAUGGAGAAGGCUUAUCUGGCAGAACAAGGCUUCUCCAAAAAGCUUAUUCAUUGCUUGGGUGGCUAUUUGGGGUAGACUUCCUACUCUUGAUAGGCUGAUAAGGUGGAAAGUGGUGGACAGCAACAUUUUCCCUUUGUCCAUUUGGUCUUAUGUUUUAAGAAGCUUGCAGUUUACCAGAGCAGUGGGGAAGAAUGCUAAGGUGUUCACUGGUUCUUGCAGAAGCCCUCAUGAAAUGUUGAAGGAUAUCAAGUUUAGAGUAGCUUGUAGGGCUAGUGAUAGCCAGCAGCAGUUGCUGCUUGAUUAG